AUGGAUAACAGGAAAUGGAUAGAAGCUCAAGAGAACAGAAGUCUAAACAGGGAGAUAGAUAUGGCGUGGGAAAAAUAUAUUAGUCGCAUUUAUGCUUAUGUGGCCAGGGAACAACUACCAAACAGUUCCUUGGGUAGAACCUAAUUGAAGAGGAAUGGAUGAAACGUCUGCUGAUGUUCUCAAUAAUGGCAUUUAAAAUCAUAUUGACUGGUAUCUAAGUCAUUAAAAAUUGUGUCUGAAAUAAAGAAUUAUCAACCAUUAUUUAUGUUAAAUGUUUUCCUUAUUUUCUCUGAUGAAGGGAAUUCUAAUUUUUAGUAUCACACAGUUAAUGUUGUCUAAAUAUGUUCUUCGGGAGAAAAUAUUUUUUAACUUUCAUAUAAAAAUAGACUUUUAGGGAAAAAUAGAAUGUCUGUUGGUUCAAGGGAGAUUAGGGAUCUAAACCAUAGGAACGAAAACAAUUGACAUUUCAACGAUCACUUUCAACCUUGGAACCGUUAUGACAGCCUCCAUCAGGGUUUAAUUACUUGGCUGUUGAUGAAAGUGUAAUAGCGUUAACCAUUUGAUCUUCUUGGAUUAUUCAAUUUCAGCUGUAGAUCGAUAUUAAAAUUCACAGGAUUCACAUGAUUACUUACAGAACGGACAAAAAAUAAUUUGGCUCAAAUUCAGCUCGUUAUUAAGCCUUCUACUCAACAUGUUACUGUGUCGUGUAACUAAUGAGAGUAUGGUAUCAACUUGAUGAUCAGCCGUAACUUUUUAUUCAAACCAUGGUCUUCUAGGUUCCUAACUGGACUUGGAUUUAUGUUAUGAACCAUGUUAAUUGGGUCGGAUGGUUAAUGAUUUUUUAGAAACUUCCCCAAUAACCUGGAUAAUUAUGAUAAAUAAAGCCUUCUGUUGAUUUGGUUUCACGUCUUUACCACACAGGAUAGUGCUAUUCUAUUUGAAACAGAAUGGGCAUGUGCUUCCCUUGUUUCUUACAGUACAAUCGACUACUGGUGUUCAGAUAAUCUGUUUUCUUUUUGGUUUCAUCUAUUCUUGAUAUUGCUAAUCAUCUUAAUUUUUUGACAAAUUUCUUAAGAAGCUAUCCUAAUGUCUUACAAUUUAUAUGCAUGCACUUAUCGUAGUUUUUUUUUGCUAUUUUGGUUAUCAAUGAAUCGUAUAGUUUGGGUGAGAAAACAUUAUAGUAUGAAUGGUUUAGGUUAAUGAUGGAUUGUGGUGCAUCUGAGUCGCUUUCAGACUUAUAUGAAUGUUGCCCCUGCACAUGCUUGCCCAUGGAGGCCAUUUUAGCUAAAAAACUUUACACAUCUAGCUCAGUAAUAUUUGUGGGCUUUUUAUUGAAUCAGUUUGUUCAUGCUUAAUAAUAUGUUUUAAGGUAGGCCUUUUGUUUUUUUUUUUUUUUUUUUUUACAGUGUCAUUAAGAUCGUCCUUCAGUUCUGCAAAGAGAACUCACUGCAUCAAACCUUCCAGACAUUGCAGAAUGAGUGUCAGGUUUCCCUGAAUACAGUGGACAGCCUUGAGACCUUUGUUUCAGAUGUCAAUAGUGGGAGGUGGGAUGCAAUAUUGCCUCAAGUGGCUCAACUGAAGCUUCCGAGAAACAAACUUGAGGAUCUUUAUGAGCAGGUAUGAAAGUAUUCCAACGUGUUGCUUUUAACAACUAUUGUAUUGUUUUUCGUUGUAGUGACUUGAAUCACUGUUGAUGUCUAGAAGUUUUUUUGAAGGUAAUAACUGACACAAUUUUUUCUUAUACUUCUGUUCUUACCCAUCUCCCAGAUUGUUUUGGAAAUGAUUGAACUUCGUGAGUUGGACACUGCUCGUGCCAUUUUAAGGCAAACUCAGGCAAUGGGUGUUAUGAAACAAGAGCAGCCUGAAAGAUAUUUGCGCCUUGAACAUCUCCUAGUCCGAACAUAUUUUGAUCCACUUGAGGUUUGUGUUAUUGUUUAAAUGUGUUGUUAGUUCCUGAAACUCCUCAUGUCGGUGCUUUGUUUGUUUACAUGUUUUUCGCAUUUCCAUACCCACAAUAAUCUGAUUCUGUGAGUUUCAAUUUUUACUCUAGUGAAUACACAUUCGAAAUUUGUUAAAGAAAAACAGUUUUAGUGUUUGGAAGGCAAUCGUCACGGUUUAUUGCAUAUUAGUCUGAAGGCAAUUUUCAAAUUUUUGUCACAAAAUAUUUUUAAUGUUUAUUUCAAAAUACUUCUGGAGCAUUAUAACUGCAUGAUCAUAUUGAUGUUGUUCUUUCACCAUGAGCAGCAGCAAUCAUGUGUGUGCACUUGUGGUCCUCCGCAUUAGUUGUUUUCAGUGUGAAUCCUUUCUUUGAAGCUUUGAUCUCUACUCUAAACGGAUUAACAUUCAGCUGAAACGAAGUUAAAUUUGAGUAUUAAUAUUGUCCAAAUUUUUUCUGGUAAUUGUUAUUUUAUGGAUCAAUCCUGAUCCCUUCUCUGAGAAAUAAAAAGUUUUAAAAGCUGUAAUUUACGCAUAUGAUCUGCCAAUUUGUUAACGUAUGACUAAUUGAGACUUGAAAAUGUUCAUUGCAAAUAAUUUUGGCAUGUCUCUUUAAUGGUAUAGUCUAUCGUUUACUGGUCUAAUUGCUACAUUGCUCUUUAGAUAUUUCAGCAAAUACACUUGAAAAGUUGUUGAUGUUUAUCUUCUCACAUAUAGGCUAAUGGUUUUUCAUUCGCAUCGUUUUUUAUUGAUUUUUUUGGUUAAUUGUGUUCGUUUCUCUUGCUUCUUUGGAGGCUUUUUGUCAAUUUUUGUUCUUAGAUUAGUUACUGCCGUAGAAGAAGUUCACGCAAUUGGAUCCGUGAUGAGGACCUUCAUAAUCAACUACUAAUGAAUUACUGUCUGAUUCGUUGAUUUACUUAAGCUUUUACUGAUUGUUACUUAUCUUUUGGUUGUCUUUUCUUGCUCUGCCAAGUACUAAAGAGCCAGGUUAAUAUCUGCAGGCAUAUCAAGAAGCAACAAAGGAAAAGCGGCGUUCAUUGAUUGCACAAGGUUUUUCUAGCUUGCCUCAUGUACAUAUUUUUUGUUCGACUAUUCUUGCCUCACGUUUCCUUUCAUUGAGCCAGUCCUUCAAUCUGUAGCAACUCCCGCCCAACAGUCGAAACAGCAGAGAGGGAAAACCGAUAGUUCUUGGAUUAAGGACAGUAAAAGAGGACAGAGGGGAAUGAGCGGAGGUAUGUCGUAGGGAGGAAGACGGAUGAGUGUGGAAGAAGACAGGGGUAGAUGACGGGAGUUAACCCUAACACGGGAUUUCGAGGUAUCCCAGCCUCCUUAAUCUGCGAUGCACCCUUCUGCUGCAUAACCCGGUCUUAAAUAUUCCCUUACCCUUAAUGGGCCCAGUAUUGGGUCUCCUACGGGAGUAAGUUGGGCCCAGUGGCCUAACACAAUCUUUACUUGAAUUUUUUUUUCUCUCCAUUUAUGGAUACACGCAUCAGCAAACUAAGACACGAUAAUGGGCCUAUCACUUAACAAUUGUUCCCUGUCAGUAAACAUUUUAGUUGAAUAUUCGGGGUGCCAUCAUGCUUGGUUCAUGAUAAUGUUGGAUAAGGGUAUAAUUCAUUGGGUGCCAUCUUGUGGUUCAUUUAUCUUUUCCCCUCGUGCUCAUUCUCUAGUUGUUGAUGUUGUAGCCAUUGCUGCUGAAGUUAAUGUGGUACCACCAUCACGUUUAAUGGCUUUGAUUGGUCAGGCAUUGAAAUGGCAACAACACCAAGGUCAGUGGUCCUUGAUUGUGCUUUAUAUAUCUAUAUUUUAAUGAUACGUUCAUAUAGUUUCGCUGAAGCAUAUUCUUUUUUUUUUUUCUUGCAGGAUUACUGCCUCCAGGAACACAAUUUGAUUUGUUUAGAGGUACUGCUGCAAUGAAGCAAGACGAAGAUGAUAUGUACCCAACAUCGCUUGUGCACACGAUUAAGGUGAGUUUGCUUGUCCAGAACAUUCAUUGAAUUUGCAAUGGUGCUUAUGUUUGUUGUGAAUUGUCUUCUGUUCAACCACCUCAUGUAGUUUAAGCGCUUUCUUAUUUGCCUUCGUAGCUGUAAUAAACAAAAAAAUAUUGUGGUUUGAAAGGGGAACGUUUAGUAAAUAUAUAUAUGCUCAUGCUUCUUUUAGUUGGUUCAAUAAUAUGGCAAAGUACAACUUAUCUGUGUUGUGUUCAUGAUAAUUGUUAAAAUGUAAAUUACAGACUGAUUGAUUAUCAUUCUGAUUCGACACUAACAAUUAAAGAAUGGAGAUUGGAAUUGGCCAAGCUUAUUUAUCCUUAUUUAGAAUAGUGGUAAGACUAUUUGGUGUCUUGUCAAGUCAAUUAGAUACGAGUAUAUGAUCGUAUACCGUAGCCAUGUGUGUUAGGAGGAUUUGAAAGAGACCAUAAAAUCUUCAUGUGUACUCAAGAAGUAGACGCAUCAUACCUCAGUCUUUGUGUAAGUUUGUUGAUGGAGUGAUACUUGGUCACAAUCGUCAGAUCGAUGCUUUCAACAUCUUCGUCUGGUUGCAUUUAGAUUUUACCUAUUCUCCUCUGGUUAUAACUUGUCAAGGAAUUGUUUAGACUCUGGCUGACUGGGUUAUCACGUUAGUCAGACUGAUACUGUGGUACUAUAAAAACUCAAGUUUGCAAUAUGGUUUAGGAAUAAAGCUCAAUGGUUAGGAAAAGAAGCAACUGCACAAACAGUGCAUAUAAUAAUUUUAGUGAUGGAAAGAAGAUUUUGUGAUCUAGUACGAUCAGACAGGUGGAAAGAAUAAGACUGACUGUUGAAGAUUAUCUCUCUUUCGGUCCAAUCUCGCUCUUGAGACAUUAAAAACAGUCGUUUUGUCUUGUGUUGAUACAGAGAACUAGGAAGAGAACAAGGUAGAAGUAAUAGUGGUAUGAUCUGUUAUGACCUGUAGCAACAUAACUGCUCAAGUUUAAGGCAUCCUUUCGAAUGCAAUGGCCUGUCAUCACCCAAGGGCAUCGAAUUGUAGAAAUAAUUGACCUCUGGGUUCUCUCUUCUCCUUUCUCUUUUCUUGGAACGGAUUCUGGAACGAAGUUGAGCAAUAAUUUCGUAAUAAAGGAUGGUCCAACGGAAAAGUCCUCAGUCUGUAACAAAACAAUAACUUCGAAAUUGGCGACAGGGAUUUCAUGGUGGAAUGCCAUUCAUGGUGCAAUGGUCCCCUGCCUUGUAGCAGACAGCUGUUGGAAGGCCCUAUGUUUGCUAUCAGGAGCGGUGAGUUUGGUUUCGCUAUCAUGGAUGGAAUCCCCUUGUGUUCGUGCUCAGAAGCUGCUGGAAGUUUCCAUGUUAUGGGUGGAGUCCAGCAAAGGUCUCCUACCUUACACUCAGGCCCCAUUGUUAGUCCUCCACAGCCAAACAUUCUCCAUCUACCCCUUCUACAAGAGAACAAAAACCUGACAUGGGACUACAAUGAAAAGAAGUUACCUCUUACACAUACAGCCAAUGACAGUGAGAAAAUGAUAGAAAAACAGAAGUGGAUUGAAGAAUUCAAUGUCGAUCUAUUGCUGCCCCUUUUUUGUGUGCUUUUUAAAAAUAAGGGCUUUUCUCAAUAGAAUUCUGAGGUUUUGCCUGUCAUGCUUGUGAACCUCAAAUAGAUGGUAGGUUCAAUGUCAUCCUGUUUCCUAUUGUAUGAUAAUAAUGGACAUAUGAACCUCAUUGAUAAGAUAAUUAUCUUAUUCUUUGUUUGAUAUCGAUGAAAUAUUUCAUCAAGGUUGAAUAUAGUUUAUUUUAUUUUAUUGCGUGCAUUGUAUCCUAUUUUGGAGUAAUUAAGCAAACGUCAUCAUGAUGCAGAAUAGUGACAUCAUUGUAACACCUACACCAGAAAGUUUGCUUCGAUUUUUAUCUGCGAAGAAUGCUCAUCAUGGUUGAAUUGAUUGAUUGAUUGGUUAUCGAGUUAUUCUCCUAAACAUUUCUAAAUGUGAAGAUGAUCCAUUUGAAAUGGUUUUAUUAUAUCCUCGUGAUCUGAAAGAAACUGGGGUUUGAAGCAUUCCUCCCCCCAGUUGAGUAGAAAUAAUAAUUCCACUAUAAAAUAAUUCACUUACUCUCUUGUAUGCCUUCUUUUGUAUAAAUCCUGCUUUUGUGCAUUGUGAUAUCACGAAAGUGCAUUUUCAUAUUGCCUUUUGAGGCUUGCACUUUGCCGCUAUUACAUUUGCUUAGUAUGGCUUUGCAGUAACUUUUAGAGUUUUUCUGAUGCAAACUAGUAAUCAUUUUGGAAACUCUUGUUUUUUUUCCCUUUCAGUUUGGGAAGAAAAGUUAUCCACUUUAUGCUCGAUUUUCACCUGAUGGUCAGUACCUGGUUUCAUCCUCUAUUGAUGGCUUUGUUGAGGUUUGUUGUUUAUUAUAGAUGCUGCGUCAAAUGUGUCAUUCACAUGUUGUUUAAGAAUUAUUCCAUAUUUUCCUUAGCUCGAGUAAUUGCAGGUUUGGGACUAUAUAAGUGGAAAACUCAAGAAGGAUCUCCAGUACCAGGCUGAUGUAAGCAAUUUUAAUUUUUAUCCCAAAUCAUAACAGGAGCAUGCUUUAUUUUUAUUUACUAAAUCUUUAAGCUUCAGCUGGAUAUAAAUAUCAUCGAAUAUUGUUCCAUGAUAACUCUUGUUCCAUCAAGAUUGGGUUUCUUGGGAUAGUUUCAAAAGUUUCAGUAUGAUAUUAACCAUGGUUUUCUUAGCGUUGCCUAGUGGCAAUGGGGGCAAGAUGUGCAAAGUAUUCAAGCUGCUUGAAUGGGCAGCCCGAAAAGAUAAUCAGGUGGACCGUCUUAUAGUUAGGGCCUGUUUCAGGAUGCAUUUGUGCAUGAGUGGAGGUGUUGAAGUGUUACAAUAUUUACUCAUGUUACAUGUCGUGUGAUGCUUGAUGAUGUGUUUGUACAUUGCAUCUUUAGCGUCUGAAUGAACUGCUGCGCAACUUUUGUACAUCAUACAUCAUGGGCUGACAUAUUUGGUUGAAUGUGCGGUCGCACAAAUGUGCUCAAGACAAAAAGUUGGGACAAUUAUAUAAAAUCUGGGAAACCUUUGAUUAAAGUCAAUCAAAACCAGGCGUUGUCUGGUCGUUUCACCUUGGUGUCUAAAUAUACAGUGACCAAUACCUUAGGCGCUUUAAAACCUCGACAAGAACUUUCUCUUAACUUAAUAUAAAAUGAAGUGCCCUUGAUAAUGUUAUCUUUGUUUUUUCACCCCUCAGUCAUUCAAUGAGCCAACAACUCAUUGAUCAUUGCUCUCUUUUAGGCAAGAAAAAAACAAGCAUGAAGAACAGAAAGAUAAUAUAAUAGUAUGAAUAAAAAGGUACAUCCUAAACAUACAGAUACUGCACGAAGAAAUGAAUAACAUUAUAUGGAGUAGAAGGAUGAGAACGUAAGUCAAGUUAGAAAGGAAGGUGAAGAAAGCGAGUUCUAUGAGGGAGCACGUAUGUAUUUCCAGAUGUAACAUGGGCCAUGAAUUUCCAAUUGGGGUAUAUUGUAUGAAUAGUAGCACUGUUUUUGGCUUUCACCACAGGUUAUUGUUGUUUUGAGCCAAGAGAAUGAACAUGAAAGUUUUGAGGAUAUGUCUCUAACAGUGAGGUUCCUGGUUUCUCUAGACUCUUUCCUGAAUUCGAACCCCUCUCUGAUAUCUUAUAGGUGCCUCUUCGUAAAGAACUCAUCGCGACCAUGGUUGUGGGUAUGCAAAUCAUGUAAAAAUCAUUUAUUCAUGUUUGAUUGUUGCUCAUCUUCUUCUCUAUUCUGCUUUCUUCCUCGUCCUAUCUUAUGGUUGGGGAGUGUUAUUCCUAAAACAAUCCAUAGGUUGGGCUGUCAGACAAUUUUUCUUGCAGUGAGUAAUAUUUUGUGUAUGAUAUUUUUUUCCCUUGCUUUUGCAUGAUCCAGAAAGUAAGUUUUUUAAAAUCUUUAUGCACUCUCCUCAAAGUCUUAAAACUGGAUUUAUAUUUAUUGCAAGAAUGCUGAUGCCAUAAAAUGUAUGCAGGAUGCCUUUAUGAUGCACGACGAUCCUGUUCUUUGUGCCGAUUUUAGUAGAGAUUCUGAAAUGUUGGCGUCUGGUUCACAAGAUGGAAAGAUAAAGGUAGCUCUUAUUUUGCAACAUUUUGCAAAUUUAAUUGCCACUAGGUUCAUCUUGAGGAUGGUUAUAGAAGAAAUUCUCUUGCAUUCACAAUUUUGUCAAUGUGUUUCAUAAGUAUACUCUCUGUUUGUUUAUCUACCCGCUAAUUUAAAAAAUUCAAUACUAUUGGUAACUUUACUAGAAUUUUAGAAGGUCACCGUACAUAGAUUAUAUCUUGAUCCCUACAUGCUUUCCCUUUUUAAAUGAGAUUAUUCCAUCGUGCAGAGUUCCAUGUGACAACAGGGAUGCACGAUCUGAUCUUGCUUUCUGCAUGGUUGUGACAAAAGUGCAAGAAAAACGAUGGGUUUUGCUAUUCCCUCUCUGUGAUGCUUGGGGGAUUUCCUUCUACUUCACGAGGGAUCAGGGGGGCAGUCUCAUUUUUGAACAGUGAAGACUUCAUGUAGAGUCUUUUAAGGUUGGUGACAAUAGUCAGUAUUUGUCAUCAUCUUCUUCAUUCACCUUUCAUCCACGAAUAUCUCAGUUAAUGGGGUCAGAGAUAACAGCUAAUGAUAAUUUAAACAAGUAAUAUUAGACCAUUGUAGAGAGGGUCAUUCUAGACUUUGACACGCUAUUCAACGACAUGAUCAGUAUGGGUGAAAUUUUUAUACAAUCUACUCUUGCUUUAUCAAUAUGAUGAAGCAAAGAAAAAUCUCACAUGCAGUUAGUCAAAAGAUACGGUAGAUUUGUUCUUUUUCUGUCAUAAUCUCUGCGCUUAAGUGGGCUUCGAAAGAUUUAUAGUUUGCACAUGAAGAAACGCUGUGGUGCCCUAUUUUGUAGGAACUGAAAUUGUACACCUGGGUUCAUCUUUCCCAUCCUUUGGAGCAUCUCAGCCAGUGCAUCUUCUCCUCCUGUAAAGCUUUCAGCCCAUAAAAGCAUCAAGAUUAUUCACUAGGUGGUUUCGUUGAUUGGGUCAGGAUGUUGGAUUUAGACUAAUAGUACUUGUCAUUAUCAAAUGAAGCCCAGCUGAACUCUGCUACAAUUGCACUCCGAGUUUAGUAUCACCUGUUCGUCUUCUCCGCCCCAAUUCUCCCCCACUUUUGCCAAUUGUGAUAAUUCCAUCAAUUAGUGAGGAUGCCCCUUGUGACCUGGAAAAUAAUGCCAUCGUUGCAUUCUCGUCCUCUCUUUUCCGUCCCAUUGCUAGUAUUCCUUACUCCUUUUAACAUUGUUGAGUUCUUGUGUGAAGCAAAUAAUUUCUUCAUUCAUUCUUAGUCGUUCAUCACACUUACUUCCCUAGAUUGGUGGAUUCGUCCAGAUUCAUUUGAUCCCACUGUCCACUUUUCCCAGUUUUUCCUAGUUCACCUGAGUUAUUCUUCCUGUCUACUGCUCACCUCAUUCUCUGGAUUAUUCAUGAUUUUGCACUUAUUGUUGGCCGCGUCAACCUUUGGCUGAGUUCAGCUAAACAUAAAGUAUCAGAAAAUAUGUGAGGUUCCAAUAAUCUCCCUAAUGUAUUAAAUAUCAUGAAAUCUUGGACUUGCUGCUUCAGGUCUCUAAAUGUACUUCCUAGGUAUGCAAAAAACUCUGUGAAUGAUAAUCUAAGGUUUUGACAAACAUUACCUGGUUCGUAUAGGGAAAAUAUCGUUUAAAGACGCACGGAUACGAGGAGGCUAUUGCAGACUCCUCAUUCCUAGGUAAAAUUAAGCGUUAGAAUCAACACCACUGUCUCCCUUAUUUCUUGGGAUGUAGAAGUCUAAUCAAUCAACAUUCGUUGAUGCAAAUAAUAAAUUGUGGUAGUGCUUUUACAUCUUUGCUUGAACUUCAAAAAUGUAUAUGUUGGUUUAGGUGAUUACUAAAUUUCGAACGUUUAUAGUCUUAUUUUUUUGAUCUUGCUUCACCUUGGUAAUGCAGUCUUCCUUUAACAUCUGUCCAGGUUUGGCGUCUAAGGACUGGUCAGUGUUUACGUCGUCUUGAACAUGCACAUUCCAAUGGUGUCACCAGUGUUGUAUUCUCUCGUGAUGGAAGCCAGCUGCUAAGUGCAUCCUUUGACAGCACUGCAAGGUUCCUUAAGAUCAUGGAUAUUCUGUCUACACUAGUUGCAACGUGGCAUCAACUUCGUUUGCUAAUUUUUUUUGGUCCUAGAAAAUAUUUACUGUCUCUAUUAGUCUUCUUAUUUUGAAAGAAAAUGUGGGAUACAUUGCUGGUUUCAUCCUAGAGAUAUAGUAACAAGAACGGUGGGGUGAAAUAUGCCAAAUCUGGUCAAUUACGAAAAAAUAUUUCUCCUACAAAAAGUACUUCUGUCUGAAGAAUUAGUUACGUGAUUAUUAGUUUCUCUAAUAAAAAAAUGGCUGUAAGGAGAGUGUACAAUGGUGCGACGGGAAAAACCUUUUCGCGUAGGCCCUUCUAUCUUGAAGGAUCAAUUUAUUCCUCUCCUGUGAGGAUACCUUUGUCCCUGUUGUAAGAGGCUACUGAAAAAUAAAGCUGUCUGGUCCUUUGUACAUCUCCCAAGAAAAAGAAAUGUCAUUGUGCGUCUUUAGUCAUUCAAAGGUUUUUCUUGUCACCUUGCAAAUUGAGUCAACCUUAAAUGAUACAAUUAAUCAAACUUUCUCUAAUGCUCUCUUGCAUUUCCAUUUUUCAAGAAAUCCUUCUGAAGUAUUAAGAUGAAUUAUAUAUUUAGCUAUGGGCUGAGGGCUUUUUCAUGGUGAUGAUUAUAUUAUAAAUAAAUCUGUUUGUUCAAUUUAUGGCUAUGACAGUUCUUUGAGUCUUAGUUCUAACAAUAUACCCUAUGAGGCCCAUUCUCUCGUGAAACUUGCUAGGUUGGUUCAACUAUAGUACUUCCUCUUUAUGCUUGCAUUUCAGUUGAUCUAUGGACCUUAUAGAACUGACUAAACUUCACAUAUAAUUGUUGUUUAAUGUGGAAAAUUAUGAGAUCUGUUUCUUUUCUGCUAAGGAAUGGGAUACUACCAAUUAUUUGACAGCUGUUUACUUUUGGCCGAUGCUUUCUUGUAAAGUAACUCUGUAACUACACACUUGAUUCAUGAGUAAAGUAUACUUGUAACUUCGAGCUCUGGAAAAUGUGUGUACUGACAUGGGCACGUAAAUAAGGCAUGCAAAAUAUUUUAAUUAAAGGCUCAAGGGUAUGGUGGAAAAUACGUACAUAUAUGGAUUUGGCUGUUGGUUGUGAAGAACUUCUAGAUUAUGCUUUUACUAGUCUUCUAACGUAUUGAAAAAUUUGGUUUUGGAAUCCCACACGUGUUGUGUUCAAAGCUCAAAAAGGCAUUCUAGGAUUUGAUAUGGACUGUUGUGGCUAAUUAAGCUCCGGAGUUGUGUUGCGAAUAAUGGCAUGUAAAUCAAAUUGCAUUGUUUAUAUUUGUAACCAUUUUUUUUGUAAAGGAAACAUGAUGGCUUCUUUCAUCUUUUUGGCAGAAUCCAUGGCCUUAAGUCAGGGAAGUUGUUGAAAGAAUUUCGUGGUCACACUUCUUUUGUAAAUAAUGCAAUAUUUACAAGUGAUGGAAGCCGGGUUAUUACUGCCUCUAGUGAUUUUACUGUGAAGGUAUGGUCAUCUACAUCUAUUAAAUCCCAUUCUCAUCCUUCACAUUUCUGGGCCAAAAAAUGGAGUCAUGCUCAAUUAAUUCUUCCGAUCCAUCCGAUGUUUCCUAAUAUCUUGGACAAAUCCACAGUUAGCUUUCCUUUGACCAUGAUUUCCUUAUCCUCAAUAUCUGUUCGUUAGCCACAGUUGUACUUUUUGAAAGUGUGAUCAUGUCAGGUGUGGGAUCUGAAGACCACAGAUUGCUUACAUACAUUCAAGCCACCCCCUCCUUUAAGGGUACUUCAUUCUUCUUGUGGUUAUCUUUUUCCUUUUCAAUAUCUUUUCAGUUUAUACGAUUCCAUUGGCAUCUAUGUGAUGUGAUUUUUUUGACCUUGCUAGGGUGGUGAUGCAGCAGUAAACUCCAUCCAUCUGUUCCCCAAAAAUACUGAACACAUUAUAGUUUGUAACAAGACUUCAUCUAUAUACAUCAUGACACUUCAAGGGCAGGUGCACGUUUACUUAGGAAUCUUUCAUAAUUUGAGGCAAUCUUACGAUGAUUACUUCUUUCUAUCUGCAAAAUGAUUCUGUUAAUUAGUGGCAAUGGACGCUGAAGUGAUCCAAUAUGUGUAUGCUUCCACGCAGUUUGUUGAUGUGCUUUCUUAGUGUUGAGCCUUCAAAUAACAAAGUGCUAACAAUGGAUGAUAAAUAUCUUUUGGCUUAAUCUAAACGUCAGGUUGAUUGUUUGUUGAAGGAAAAUAUGUUGUUGACAUCAAUGUAGAGGAUGGUGGAGCUAUUUUUCUUGACCUGAAAGUUACAAGAUUUCACAAUCAUGUCCAUUUUUUUAAACAAUCAUCUGGCAAACAUAAAGGUAGCCAUUUGUACAUGGGCUCAAAGCCUCUGCAUUGCUGCAGAAGUUGUGUUAUGCAAAAACAAAAAUGUAAAUAAAUACACCGAAAGUUUCUAAGGGCUGUAGGUGGGGAUACAGAAAAAAUGGCACCUGUUUUUAAACAUUGCUAGCUUGCUAAAUGAAAUUUGUGCCGCAUUCAUUUAUUCGUAAUUGUAUGUUUGAAUCAAUUAUGAAGGGAAGAAAAAAGGAGUAUUGAAUGGUACACUAGAUUUUAUGAUUAAAUCUUCUAUUGUUAUUGAUGUAGGUUUAUGGACUGAGCUCGAGCUCCCACAUAUUCGUCCCGUUUAUCUUUUUAUUAAAAGGAUUUCGGAUAUUUCAUAUCUUCACUUCUCAUAAAUGAAAACAAAUACUUUAAUAGUUAUUAAUACAGUUGUGAAGUUGCUUAAAUCCUCUUUACUCUUCCAGGUUGUUAAGAGUUUUUCUUCCGGUAAGAGAGAAGGAGGAGACUUUCUUGGUGCUUGUACUUCCCCAAAAGGAGAAUGGAUUUACUGUGUUGGUGAAGACAGGUAAUUUCUAAUCGUGUUCUUGUGCCCUCUUUUUGAUGUUUUUCAUUAUAAUAUUCCUUUUAGUAUGCUGGUCUUGCUAAAUAUUCGGGCAGUAAGAACAUGUGAUCCAUAGUUAAGUUGGCUAGGCAUCAUCAAAAUAUUUUACCAAGGUGAUGUAUGCCUAAACAUCAUCCUUUGGGGAUGUCAAUGUUGAGACUGUAGUGGGAGAAAGAGAGAUAAAAGGAGGCGAUGAGAGACCGCUGUAUUCUAAAUUAACCAAUUUGAUCUUGUGGAGAGAGUAUCAUAUUCUAAGUUGCAAGUCCUAAUCAGAGUUGUCAUUGGACGAUUUGAUUUUUUAGAAGUAAUCCCUUAGUUUCCUUUUAAAUAAAAAACGUUAAAAACCAAGCUAAAUUCGUUGAAUUUUCUGGCCAGUCUUUCUCAGUUUCAUUUGGAUCUGUUAGUUUCUUACUGGAGCACUGCUGUGAGAAGAAUGUGGAAGAGUAACAUCUAUUUCACAGUGUAGAGAUAGAAGAUUGAAAUAGAAGAAGAAAGAGAAAAGAGGUAAAGUAACUUGUGAAUCAUCAUUAAUGGCUGUUGGCUGACACCAACUACCACUAUAGGCUGUUGCCUUGCUAGAAAGUGUGAAACCCCAGGGGUGACAAUCAUGGGACGAAUAAUCAAGUGUCUCUUAUUUUGUACCUUAGAUUGUUGAAUCUGGUCCAAGUUCAUGCUGGAGCUUUGAGGGUGGGAGUGAUAUGAAGGUGGAACAACUGAAGGGCCUAUAAAUUGGACGAUCUCAUUUGUGGGGAUUUCUGCGGAACGUAUCUUGGUAGUUACUACUGAAGUAAUGGUGGAAACUUGGGUACUGGUUGGUGCUUGGGUUGGGAUAGCUCCUAUUCUAGCAGAUUCAACGCAAUACCUCUAUAAUUUUGGUGGAAACUUUGUCUUCUGCUUGAGUGUUGUGUGCACUUGGUUGGCUACGACUGCAUAAGAAUCAUCCGCUGGGAUAUUUUUGCACCAAAUUUGAUGGUUUGUAAAUUUAGAGUCCGAAGAACUUGACCUUUGAUAGGUUAUUGUUUCUGGCUGGCUCCAAUCCUCUUCAUCCAGUUUAAAUUUGGUCGAUUGGUUUGAACUAAAUUUGGUCAAUCCUCUUCAUCUUUUGGUAUUGACUUGAUGGAAACCACUGACACACUCGAGGGACAUUCGGGGGAUCAGAAACUGAGCUGGUGACUACGGUGGGAUGGUUCCAUUAGGGUUUCCUGUCGGUUUGGUCUUAACACCCAAGGGGGUGGGGGGGGGAGGGGGAUCGGCCUGACAUCAUGCUAGAUGUGAGAUGCAUGCCUGGAAUACUAAUUUGACCCUUUGAAUUCAAUAAUUCCAAUGAAUGGGUUUGAAGUAGACAUUUCGAGUGUUUAGAUUUAAGAUCACCAGACAUCGAUCACAAGGACCACCCCAUGAUGUUCUCCUCUUGAACAUCCAAGGCACUUGGGUUUGGCCGACAGACCAAGGCCAUGGUAAGCAACCGUUGACAUAACUAGUCUCUUACUCAGAGGUGCACCUGUAUCGACUGAAAUAACAAGACUGUGGUGCAGUCAACUUUGUCGCCAAAGAUAUAUAGAUUUUUUGAAGAAAGAGGUAUUUCAGUUGGCAUUUUCAGUGUUCUCCUAGCUAAUGAAGCUCCCCAGGGCCUUGAGGAAGUGUUGUGUGGUUGAUUGGGAUUCUGUUGGACAUAGAGCUUGAGGCUCCAUUCAGUUCGGAUUAAGUAGCAGAAACACGAGUUACAUGCUGAAUUUAGCUCUCUAGCAUCUCCCUAGGCGACAUGUAGGUUUUCUGCUAGUUGAUUACAAGCCGUACAUCUUUCCCAUUUUUCUGUUUUCUUCGAAUUUUUGACUGGCUUUUUUUGGUUUUAAGUUGACUUAUGAGAAUGAACGCCUUUGCAGGAACCUGUACUGCUUCAGUCAACAAUCUGGUAAACUAGAACAUCUCAUGAAGGUAAAGAGUGCUCUUUCUUUACCAAGGCAAUACCUAAUAUCUAAAUGGCCUGCUAUUUUCAGUGAGCUACUUUCAGAGCAUGUUUUCUUAUCUACUGCUUCAGUCAUGUUUUCUUAUCAUAUAUGAGCAUUAAUUAUACCCAAUAGCAUUUGUCUACUGCUUCAUGUGUCUGGAAUUUCUAAUAGCAUUUGUUUCUCAUAAUAUAUCGCACGAUAUUCAUCACUUUUGUUUUAUUUUCUAUCUGAUGUCUGCCUGUUGCAAGAUGAUGCUUCCUGAAGAAGUGAACCGUCUUUUUGCCUCAUUUGCCUUGAUAUUUGAGCAUUGUAAUGAAUCAAAUACACCCCUUUAUGCGCAUAAUCAGUACCAUAAUUAUAAUUUUGCUAGAAAGAUGAAGCCCUCGCUUACUUCCACGUCAUCUGUUUCACCCUCUCAUUGCAUAGUGCCACUUCAAGCUACUGUUUGUGUAAUGGCACACGCUUUGGCAUAUUUCUAGUACUUACUAAUUGGGGUAAAAACCAGGUUGGGUUUGGUUGGGGUUACAAUCUUACAUAGCCCGAUGGCACCUCGACUAAGGGGGCGGGCUUCUUCCCUGUUGUUGGGGCAUCUUUUGUCUUGGCAUGACAAAUUAGCCGGCGACAUAUUCUCCUUAAUCAAAGGCUGAAUCAGUUUUUUUCUUACUUUUUCUAUUGAUUCUGAUCUCGCAGGUUCAUGAGAAGGAUGUGAUUGGGGUCACUCACCAUCCCCACAGGAACUUAGUCGUCACAUUCGGUGAGGACGGGAUGAAAAUAUGGAAGCCUUGA